GUGAUAUUGCAGCCUGCUGGAGCUCCGAGCAGCGAGCACAGCGUCUAUUCCUCUGUGUUGUAACUCACAAGCCCCCAGCAUCCCAUCCACCCACUACGGAUCUUUUUUUUUUCUUCCUUUCUUCACCCCCCUAUUUCCAGACGAGGAGAAAAGGGGGGGUGUUUCAACACGACUUCCCGGAGAAAUUAUAGUGGGGGAACCAGGGACGCGGGAGUGCGCUGAUUUUCAUUCCUAUAGGGCAAUACUGUAAGAAUUGCUCGCUUUUUCUUUCUCGUCACUCCAAGAAUUUCUCCCCUCUUUCUGUCUCCCAUGCUCUUUCUCUCUCGGCGUCUUUCCCUCGCUCGGUGGCUGUCGUGUGUUUUUGCGCUCUGUCUUGAUGGGAAAAACCUAGAAGAAAGAAGAAGAAGAAGAAGAGGAGGAGGACGGGGGAGAUAUGAGCGGACAGACCGGAGUGUAACGCAUUUGAUUUCCAUCCAUUGAACCAUCUUGUUGCGCCGGACUUCUAUGGUCGGGAAUGGGGAGUAUUGAUUCACUGGAAGGCUGCAGAAUUUAUUUAUAAAGGAUGUGGUCAACGUUGGAAAAAUAGCCAUAGAUUCCGCAGUGUAAGGCCAAAUGACAUAGGAUGAAGGCUGUUCGAAACCUGUUGAUUUAUAUAUUUUCCACCUAUCUUCUGGUUAUGUUUGGAUUAACUGGUGCCCAAGAUUAUUGGUGUUCCACUUUGGUCAAGGGGGUCAUUUAUGGAUCAUAUUCGGUGACUGAAAUGUUUCCCAAGAACUACACAAACUGUACAUGGACGCUGGAAAACCCAGACCCUACCAAAUACAGCAUCUACCUUAAGCUAUACAAGCGAGACUUGAGCUGCUCUGAAUAUUCUUUGCUUGCUUAUCAGUUUGACCAUUACUCACACGAAAAGAUCAAUGAAUUGCUGAAAGUGAACGAGUCCAUAGUAUAUCUCUGUGAUUCAAAGAAUAAUUACAUAUUUUUGCUGUAUGACAAAAAUUUUGCGCAGUUGAGGAGAGUUUUCCCAUAUGACUACAAUGGAUUGACGCCACAGAAGCUGGAUGAGGAGGAAAAGUCCAUCGUGGAGUUCUUGGUGUUCAAUAAGGCGAGCCCUAGCCAGUUCGGGUGCCAAGUGCUUUGCACGUGGCUGGAAAACUGCUUGAAAGCGGAGAAAGGGACAGUGGAGACGUGUGGGAUCGUGUUCUCAAAAUGCACAUGUCCUCAGCACUUAGGCGAUGGAGAAUCAGAGAGCAUGCUCAUGCUCAACAACGUGGUUUUACCUUUAAAUCCACAAACGGAGGGUUGCUUGUCACCUCAGCUACAAGCUGGACAGGUCUGCAAUCUGAGCGCAGAAGUCAAACGACCUCCUAAAGAAGAAUAUGGAAUGAUCGGAGAGCAUACAGUAAAAAGUCAGCGGCCAAGAUCAGUUCAUGACACAAAGGCCCUGCAGGAGCAAGCUGAAUCUGCUAAAUUUAUGGCACAAACUGGUGAAUCAGGUGCAGAGGAGUGGUCCCAGUGGAGCUCAUGCUCUGUAACAUGUGGUCAAGGGUCGCAGGUGCGAACAAGAACAUGUGUCUCACCAUACGGAACACACUGCAUCGGCCCUUUAAGAGAAUCAAGGGUUUGCAAUAACACUGCCCCUUGUCCAGUACACGGUGUAUGGGAGGAGUGGUCACCGUGGAGCCUGUGCUCAUUCACGUGUGGCCGAGGUCACCGCACUAGGACUAGGAUGUGUGCGCCUCCCCAGCAUGGAGGCAGGGCCUGUGAUGGACCCGAGACCCAGACUAAGCUUUGCAACAUAGCCCUAUGCCCAGUGGACGGACAGUGGCAGGAGUGGAGCUCUUGGAGCGAUUGCUCGGUGACCUGUGCCAAUGGCACUCAGCAGAGGACCAGGCAGUGCUCAGCGGCCGCCCAUGGGGGAUCUGAGUGUCGUGGUCACUGGGCAGAAAGCAGAGAGUGCCAUAAUCCUGACUGUACAGCGAAUGGCCAGUGGAACCCGUGGGGUCCGUGGAGCGGCUGCUCUAAAUCCUGCGACGGCGGCUGGCAGAGGCGAGCUCGGGUGUGUCAGGGGGUCGCCGUGACCGGGCAGCAGUGUGACGGAAACGGAGAGGAAGUCCGAAAGUGCAGCGAACAGCGCUGUCCAGCACCGUAUGAGAUAUGUCCAGAGGACUACGCGGUGUCGAUGGUGUGGAGACGGACCCCUUCGGGGGAAAUGGCCUUUAACAGGUGCCCAUCAAAUGCCACAGGCACCACUAGUCGACGCUGCUCCUUGGAUCAUCGCGGCAUGGCCUUCUGGGAGCAGCCCAGCUAUGCUCGAUGCAUAACAAAUGAAUUCAGAUACUUGCAGCAAUCAGUUCAGGGGCACCUUGCCAAAGGCCAGCGGAUGCUGGCAGGAGAUGGGAUGUCGCAGGUCACUAAAAACCUGCUGGACCUCACCCAGAGGAGGAACUUCUACGCCGGCGACCUGCUGUCUUCAGUUGAGAUCCUUCGAAACGUGACGGAGACCUUCAAGAGAGCGAGCUAUGAGCCGUCGUCAGAUGACGUUCAAAACUUUUUUCAAAUCAUCAGCAACCUCUUGGAGGAGGAAAAUAAAGAGAAGUGGGAAGAUGCGCAGAGGAUCUACCCCGGAGCAGUGGAGCUCAUGCAGGUCAUAGAGGAAUUCAUCCACAUUGUUGGACUGGGGAUGAAGGAUUUCCAUAACGCCUAUCUGAUGACUGGCAACUUGGUGGCCAGCAUCCAGCGGCUUCCAGCUGUGUCCGUGAUGACUGACAUCAACUUCCCUAUGAAAGGUCGUAAAGGCAUGGUGGACUGGGCCAGGAACUCUGAAGAUAAAGUGGUCAUCCCAAAGGGACUCUUUGUUUCCCAGUCAGCAGAUAUAGAGGGAUCACCUGUCUUCAUUUUGGGAACCGUUCUCUACAAGACUCUUGGACUCAUGUUACCUUCACCAAAGAACCACACGGUUGUAAACUCCAAGGUUAUUGCUGUGACUGUGAGGCCAGAGCCGAAAGCAACUGACUCCCACUUGGAGAUCGAACUGGCUCACCUGGCAAAUGGAACGAUGAACCCCUACUGUGCACUGUGGGACACCACUAUAAUGAACGAUUCUUGGGGAGCCUGGUCCACAAAAGGAUGCAAAACGGUGCUCACAGAUGCAUCCCAUACAAAAUGCUUGUGUGAUCGUGUAUCUACCUUCGCCAUUUUGGCUCAGCAACCAAGAGAAAUAACCAUGGAGUACUCAGGGGUCCCAUCUGUGACACUGAUAGUUGGCUGUGGUUUGUCCUGCCUUGCCUUGAUCACACUGGCAGUGAUCUAUGCUGUGUUAUGGAGAUACAUUCGUUCAGAGCGAUCGAUUAUCCUGCUCAACUUCUGCUUUUCUAUAAUCUGCUCGAACAUAUUGAUCCUCGUUGGACAAACACAGACCCACAACGUGGGUGUCUGCAUCAUGACAACAGCCUUUCUGCACUUCUUCUUUCUGGCAUCGUUCUGCUGGGUCCUCACAGAGGCCUGGCAGUCCUACAUGGCAGUGACAGGAAAGGUUCGGACGAGGCUAAUCCGCAAGCGCUUUCUGUGUCUAGGCUGGGGAUUACCAGCUUUAGUUGUUGCUGUUUCAAUGGGAUUCACCAAAACAAAAGGCUACGGGACACCCUUAUACUGUUGGCUCUCUUUGGAGGGUGGGCUCCUGUACGCCUUCGUUGGACCCGCGGCAGCUGUUGUUCUGGUCAACAUGGUGAUUGGUAUCUUGGUGUUUAAUAAAUUAGUGUCCAGAGAUGGAAUACUGGACAAGAAGCUGAAGCAUCGUGCAGGGUAUGACAGCACAUCCUUUGUUUGUCAUGAAGUCGUCUAUCCGUGUGUGUCCCACAGACAGAUGAGUGAGCCGCAUACAGGAUUAACUCUCAAGUGUGCCAAAUGUGGUGUUGUAUCAACAACUGCUUUAUCAGCAACUACAGCGAGCAAUGCAAUGGCAUCCUUGUGGAGCUCCUGCGUCGUCCUACCUCUGCUGGCUUUGACCUGGAUGUCAGCAGUUCUUGCUAUGACGGACAAGCGCUCCAUCCUCUUUCAGAUCCUAUUUGCUGUGUUUGACUCACUGCAGGGAUUUGUCAUAGUGAUGGUGCACUGUAUCCUAAGGAGAGAGGUCCAAGAUGCUUUUAGAUGUCGGCUCAGAAACUGCCAAGAUCCCAUCAGUGGUGAUGCAACGGGAACCUUCCCUAACGGGCAUGCUCAGAUAAUGACGGACUUUGAAAAAGAUGUGGACAUCGCCUGCCGAUCAGCACUCCACAAAGACAUGGGCUCUUGUCGCGCUGCCACCAUAACGGGCACCCUCUCCCGUAUUUCCCUCAAUGAUGAGGAGGAUGAGAAGGCCCCCGAGGGCCUCAACUACUCCACUCUGCCAGGCAACAUCAUUUCCAAAGUGAUAAUCCAGCAGCCUUCUGCUCUGCACAUGCAGAUGGGAGUGGGUGAGUUGAAGGAGCAGUGCAUGGUCGACAGCAACGCCGACAUGCGGCGCACUGUUUACCUGUGCACCGACGACGCCAUGCGCCAGAGUGACCAAAGCAUGGGAAUCCAUGACAUGGAGGGCCAUCCCGUGCAGGGUCAGAUGAUGGAGACAGACUACAUAGUCAUGCCCCGUGCGUCUGCAGUGGUGUCAGGGUCGGGCAGUGUGCCCACCCUGCUGAAAGAGGACAACAAGAUGAACAUCACAAUGGAUACGCUGCCGCACGAGAGGCUAAUGCAUUACAAGAUGAGUCCCGACUUCAAUAUCAACCCAUCAGGCAUGGACCACAUGAAUGUGAACCUGGAGCCACAGUAUCCCAGCGCUCCUGAGCCCAAGCAAAGCCUGCCCUUUGAGCCUCGCACGGCUGUUAAGAACUUCCUCGCCGAAAUGGAGGAAUCUGGGGGGCUUUCUAGGAGUGAGACAGGGUCGACAAUAUCUAUGAGCUCCCUGGAGAGAAGAAAAUCACGAUAUUCUGAUCUGGACUUUGAGAAAGUCAUGCACACCAGGA